CCCCCCCCCCGCCCCCGAGGAAGUGAAAAGCAUGAACUUUUGGAGGUGCUGCCUUUUCGCUCUCGCCCUGCUCAGCGCGCUCAUCCUGCUGAUGGUCUAUCACAGCCAGUUGCACCUGCCGCGGAGCUUGGGGAAGCCGAGUGGCCCCGGCCCGAGGCACGUGAGGCUGCGCGCCUGCGAGGUCGCCCUCGAAGGGAAGGCGGCUUUCCUGUGGGCCAACACCUUGCCGUCGCCCGUGGGCAGCGUCCCCUGUAAGGACUACCUGCUCCAGAGCCACUACAUCACCAGCCCCCUGUCGGAGGAGGAGGUGGCUUUCCCUUUGGCUUAUGUCAUGGUCAUCCACAAGAACUUCGAGACCUUCGAAAGGCUCUUCAGGGCCGUCUACAUGCCCCAGAAUGUCUACUGCGUGCACGUGGAUGAGAAAGCCGCGGCCAAGUUUAAGGAAUCUGUGCGGCAGCUGCUGAGCUGCUUCCCCAACGCCUUCCUGGCCUCGAGGAUGGAGCCCGUGGUCUACGGGGGCAUCUCCAGGCUCCAGGCCGACCUGAACUGCCUCAAGGACCUCGCGGCCUCCCAGGUGCCCUGGAAGUACGCCAUCAACACGUGUGGCCAGGAUUUCCCCCUGAAGACCAACAAGGAGAUCGUCCGGCAUCUGAAGGGUUUUAAAGGGAAAAACAUCACCCCCGGGGUGCUGCCCCCCAGUCACGCCGUCAAGCGGACGAAAUUCGUGCACCGGGAGCACAUAGGCAAGGAUGGCUCUUUUGUGAAAAACACCAAUGUUUUGAAGACCUCGCCUCCACAUCAGAUGACCAUCUACUUUGGCACUGCCUACGUGGCCCUCACCAGAGAGUUUGUCGACUUUAUCUUUCAUGACAAGAGGGCCAUUGAUCUACUCCACUGGUCCAAAGAUACCUACAGCCCCGAUGAACAUUUCUGGGUGACACUUAACAGGAUUCCAGGUGUCCCUGGAUCCAUGCCAAAUGCAUCGUGGACUGGUAACCUCAGAGCUAUAAAGUGGAUUGACAUGGAAGAUAAACAUGGAGGCUGCCAUGGCCGCUACGUACGUGGCAUUUGUAUCUAUGGAAACGGAGACUUGAAGUGGUUGAUUGAUUCGCCCAGCCUCUUCGCUAACAAGUUUGAGCUGACAACCUACCCCCUCACCGUGGAAUGCCUGGAGCUGAGGCUUCGAGAGAGGACUCUGAACCAGAGUGAAACGGUGAUACAGCCCAGCUGGUAUUUCUGACCCCCUGGAGCACAGGCUCCAAGGCCCCCGCAGCCAAGAAGAGCCUCUCUUUGGGAGAGAGCGUUGCCCUGCUGGUAUUGAGAGUUGCCCGAGCAAGGUGGCAGCCCCAGGACCUGGCCGUGCUAUCCCCCGUGAAAACAUCCACCAGAGACUGUGGACUCUGCUAUCAGAAUGACUGCGCAGGGCGAUGCUGGCACUUUGGCCCCCCUGGCAGCCUCCUGAUGCCCCUUCUACGGCGGGCUAAGGUCCUGCUCAGUGGUCAGUUUAACUGGCAUCAAACCUUUGCACCAGAUACUCAUCCUCGGGAAAUGUUCUCAUGAAAAGAACCGUAGAUAAUACUGUUUAGGAAAAUAGGUGCAUUUCUUUGAAGAAGGAAUCAUUUAGGACAGAUCUAUAGCCACGUGUGCAUGGACACCACCCCUCUUUGCUCAGUCACACAUAAGCGUAGAAACAGCUCUUGGGGCAACUCAGCGAUCUCCUUUACAACUUAAGCUACAGAAUGGAGAGUUCGGUCUUGUUCCCAAGCCCUUCCGGUUUACUGUGUCUGAAGUUCUGCAUGGGAGGUAAAGUCACGGACAGAAGGCGGGAUGCAUUUUUAGACAGUGGCCACUGCCUGCCGCUUCAGCAAAGGAAUCCCAGGGAAACAGGGCAUUUCUUGUGGGUCAGAAUGCACUGUAGUCCCUCUGCCAUUGCUUUCUGUGGAGAACAGUGAAACUUUCCCACAGAACGAAGAGAUUUCUAGAAGACAGGUGCUAUGGCGUGGAUCUUGUCCCAAGUCUCUAACCUAACCUCAGAAUGAAUCACUUUCCUCUUCGGUCACCACCCUCCACCCCCACCAAAGUGAUCUUACCUGCACAAUGGAGUCCAAAUUCUAUGCCAUGAGGCUUUAAGGACUCCAGAGUAUUCUCUGAGUAGCUUAUUCUCAGAGAGUAGUCUCUGAGUAGCUUUACAAUGCUUAAGUGCUAAUAAGAGUGCCUAGAUUUUUAAAAGCUUUCAAUUGUGAAUCAGCAUUUGUGUCACUUAACCCCCAUCCCCUUCCUUUAUCCAAUUCAUUCAUUCAGCAUGCAGCCAGUAAAUAUUUCUUGAGAGUCUAUUGUAGGCCAGACCCAUGUUUGACACAGGAGAAAAGGAAGACAGAGCUUUUCCACUCUCAAAUUCUUGGUCAUAGCAUCAACGUUGGAAAGGCUACACUAGAGAAUCUCAUGGAUUGCUAAUAUUUUAACACAUUCAUGUGCAGGGCUAUAGAUUGGGAGAUCAGGCCAAGGAUAUAAGUAAUUAGAAAUUGAGGUCUAGGGACACCUGGGUGGCUCAGUUGGUUAAAGCAUUGCCUUCAGCUCAGGCUGUGAUCCCAGGGUUCUGGGAUCGAGUCUCACCUCAGGCUCUCUGCUCAGCUGGAAUCUGCUUCUCCCUCUCCCACUACUCCUCCCCCCAACUUGUUCUAUCGCUCAAAUAAAUUUUAAAAAUAUUACAAAAAAUAGAAAUCAAUAUUGAAAUCAGAGAGGAUUCCAAAGAAAGAAGGCAAGGAAUAGAAGCUCAAGCCAGUUGUGUUGUAGGCAUCCCGAUAGCUCCCUUAUGGCUCAUUGCACUAAAACCUUACAACACUCUUGGGAGGCCCACGUGAUUACCCCCAUUUUGCAGAUGAAGUAAGUAGUCUUAGAGAAAUUAUUAAUAAGCAUUAGGAAACAAGUUCUCUGAGGACUGGGAUGUUCUCAUUGGUCUCCUUAGUUCAGUUUCCUAAGGUGGAAGAUUUGGAGAAGGUGAAAUAAAGCCAUAUUUAGUAUACCAGAGAGGGUGGGUUUUAUGAAUGGUCUCAGUGUUAAAUGAGAACACAUGCCGUCACCUCAGAAAAAUGUGAAGUCUACUUUUGUACUCCUAAAUCCAUUGAGCUCCUCAAUAUUUAUUUAUUCUAACAGAAGAAAAAGUUGCUAUAACUAAUGAUACCUUUAAUUAACACAAUUUUAUUAUUUUUUUUCUGUGAUUGUGCCUGUUGAAUAUUAAUCAUAUUUAUGGGAAUGCCUUUGAAGUAAGUCUUCUUUUCUUCCUGCCACUGAAAAAGAUGGAGCUGUAUGGAGUGGUAAAGGGUUAGAGCAUAGGGAACACGCCUGGAAUUAAUGGUGGAGUCCAAGAAUCAUGUUUUUUUCUUUUUUUUUUUAACUUCUUUAAAUGACCCCACCUGAGAAGAAGAAAUGUUUUACACUGGAUCUUUCUCAUCUAGAACGAGAAGCCUUUUGGAAUAGAAGAUGUUUACAUGUCUUGCUGGUCAUCUCUAUGUCUUAAAUACUUUAAUAUUGGAGGAUUAUAGUGUUUGGGUGAGUGGGUUUCUGCUAGCCCAUGGGGAUGGCUGAAACUACUAAAUCCGUCCUUGUUUGCAAUGAUGUUCUGUGUUAUUGUCUUGGAAAUAAAUUAAUAUAUUGUUUUCCACC